AUGGAUAUCCCGGCCAAUUCGCUCAUCGCGGAAAACACGUCCACCACUCUCGCAUCAGAGAAGGAUUACUCCACCGUUCAAAUCUCGGCAACGCAUCAUAUCAGAUUGAACUCGGAUCUACUGUACUGCAAUCAUUCGUGUGACCCCAAUGUCCGCUUCGUAACGUCCACGCUUUCUUCACCUGACGUCGGGUUGGAAGAACCUGUUGCCGGUGCAAUUGAGGUCUGGAGCACGAGGGACAUUCCGGCCGGAGAAGAACUGCGUUUUUUCUACCCAAGCACCGAGUGGGAGAUGGCGCAGCCGUUUCACUGCUCUUGUGGAGCGGAGAAUUGCCUGGGUUUGGUUGAUGGCCGAAUUGAUUCUCUAAAACGCGGGAUUUUCCUUUUUUGGAACAAGGAGAGCAUGGGCAAAUAA